UACAAGAGUGGGUGUUUUUGUGAUGUUGGCCGUGGGAAAGUGAGAUGCGUAAUUACGGUUGCUCUCUCUCUAAAAGUGUGUUGUUAUUCUCUCUUGAAAGAUGAGCGACAUGGAUUCCGAGUGUGAUGAUGUCUUCACUGAGGAUUUAAAGUGUUAUUCCUCUUCCACUGAUAGUAAAAAUGGUCCUGAAGAUGAUGGCAGGCACUCAAUGAACAGAAAACGGAGACGUGGGGUAAUCGAAAAAAGAAGAAGGGAUAGGAUAAACAAUUCUCUAUCUGAACUGAGGAGACUUGUUCCUGCUGCCUAUGAAAAGCAGGGUUCGGCGAAGUUAGAAAAGGCAGAAAUACUCCAGAUGACUGUGGAUCAUUUGAAACUAAUGCAUUCAAGGGGUUUAGAUGUGUUUAAUCUAGACCCUCAUAAUUUAGUGACGGACUACCAGGGCCUUGGAUUCCGCGAGUGUGCAUCUGAAGUGGCCAGAUACCUCGUCAGCUAUGAAGGACUGGACUUGCAAGAUCCCCUGAAAUUGAGACUCAUGAGCCACCUGCACUGCUUCACCACCUCCACCCACCCAUCCAACUGGUUCAUGCCCCAUUUCUCCAACAGCACCAAUAUUGUGACCCUCACUGUUCCAAAAAGCCUCCCGAUAAAUCCAAUAGCAUCCCGGCCAGCCUUCAGCAGGCCAUGGGGUGGAAGAGAACUUGCUUAUUAAGAAAUUACUAAUUUAUUCGAUUUGGUAUUAAUUUAUUUCAACUUCUGCCAGUGGUGAGCAUGAGAGAGGGGGGGGGGAUAAAAAGCAAACAGUUCCUCAGACAGGAGAAAGGAGCAUUCAAUAUAUGAUUUAUAAUUUUUAAAAAAAUGAAUCGUGCAGCUUAUUUUUUUUU